CCGUCGGACACAAGUUGCGUUUUCUCUGUGGUGCUGAUUAUCAACUGGAUGGAUCAAUGGAAAUUGAAUGCUUACAAAAUGGACAAUGGAAUUCCUCCUUUCCAACCUGCUCUGGCAUUCCUUGUAGAGUUCCACAAUUGGGUCCUGGUCUUGGAAUUUCUGGAUUUCCACCCGAAAAUAAUCUGGUGAAAUCUGGAAAUAAAUUACGUUUUUACUGCAGAGAAGAAUAUGACAUAGAGGGCUCUGCUGAAAUUCUGUGUUUAGAAACUGGAGAUUGGGAUGCCCCACUGCCAACCUGCUCAGAGAAAUGCAGAAUACCAAAUCAUUCAGAAACUGUACGCAUCGCUUCAUCUGUGCCAGGCAAUGCUCUAGAGAAAGGAUUUCAGUUGUCAUUCAGUUGUGAACAAAAUGUACACAUCAUGAAAGGAAGUAAAACAAUUACUUGUUUGGGAAAUGGAAAGUGGAGCGACUCACCACCUGAGUGUGAAAGGGCUUUAGGUUGUUCAGCACCACCAUCUCUGCCAAAUGGAGAAACCAGAAGCACAAGAUCAUAUUUUGACCAUGGUGAACAGGUUGAAUACUUUUGCCGGGAUAACUAUAAUUUAGAGGGUGGCUCAUAUAAAAUCUGUGAGAAUGGUGAAUGGAAAGGAGAUAUGCAAUGCAUUA